AUGUCGCUGACCAACACAAAGACGGGGUUUUCGGUCAAGGACAUCCUGGACUUGCCGGACACGAACGAUGAGGAGGGCUCGGUGGCCGAAGGGCCGGAGGAGGAGAGCGAGGGGCCCGAGCCCGCCAAGAGGGCCGGGCCGCUGGGGCAGGGCGCCCUGGACGCGGUGCAGAGCCUGCCGCUCAAGAGCCCCUUCUACGACAGCGGCGACAACCCCUACACGCGCUGGCUGGCCAGCACCGAGGGCCUGCAGUAUUCGCUGCACGGGCUGGCGACCGGCGCGCCCCCGCAAGACUCCAGAUCCAAGUCCCCGGAGCCCUCGGCUGAUGAGUCGCCGGACAAUGACAAGGAGACCCCGGGCGGCGGGGGGGACGCAGGCAAGAAGCGGAAACGGCGCGUGCUCUUCUCCAAGGCGCAGACCUACGAGCUGGAGCGGCGCUUCCGGCAGCAGCGGUACCUGUCGGCGCCCGAGCGCGAGCACCUGGCCAGCCUGAUCCGCCUGACGCCCACGCAGGUCAAGAUCUGGUUCCAGAACCACCGCUACAAGAUGAAGCGCGCGCGGGCUGAGAAAGGUAUGGAGGUGACGCCCCUGCCCUCGCCGCGCCGGGUGGCCGUGCCCGUCUUGGUCAGGGACGGCAAACCGUGCCACGCGCUCAAAGCCCAGGACCUGGCAGCCGCCACCUUCCAGGCUGGCAUCCCCUUCUCGGCCUACAGCGCCCAGUCGCUACAGCACGUGCAGUACAACGCGCAGUACAGCUCGGCCAGCACCCCUCAGUACCCGACAGCACACCCCCUGGUGCAGGCCCAGCAGUGGACUUGGUGA